UCCUCCCUGUAUUGUCAUGUUUUGGUCGUCACCCUCUGAAUGGUCUUGUGUUAUGUAAAUCAGGUUCACUCUCCGGAUAAUCACGAUGGUGGAGGAGACAAUCACAGGACCCCGUCUCCUCCUCAGAUAAAUACUGGGGUCUUGUCUCUGCUCAGACACACACCUGCUGCAGACCCUGCAGGACUCCUCCGUAUCCUGCACAUCCCUGAGCUUCAUCUUCUCCAUCACCUUAAAGUCAUCACUGGCAGAAGGUACAGGGAGAUGGAGAAAGAGACAAAACCCAAGAUCCCUUCCUCUCACUUCUCUGCUGAAAAAGAGGAGAGAAAAGUGACUGUCUUAGUUGAAAACCCACAUACACCAGUCAGACAUGUCAUUGCCUUCUUAAGACAAUUCUGCACUGUGGUGAGAAAUCCUACGAAGAACCUGGAUGGGAAUGGCUUCUGGAAUUCAAGCUGGUCUGUGACUGUCCAACUGAAGAAAGACCCAUCCACAUCUGAUGGUCUUCAACACUUACCACAGAGAUGCACCUUGGGGAACGCAGAAGCUCUCAUCACUUACUCAGACAUACCUCAGAUCUGCAACGGAAAUCCAGGCCAGAAAUUCAAUGACUCUCCAAGGAAAACAACCUGCAACCUUCAGGACCAGGAACACCAUGUUGACAAGGAGUGUCCCAAGAAGAGCCAUAUGCAGCUCAAAAUAAAGCAAGAUAAUAUGGCUGUGUUGUCUUCUAUACCAGUGGAGAUGAGGGACGAACUGCUGGCCGGUGUAGAAUACAUCAAGACUCUUGCAAACAGAUUCCAGAAUCUGGAUCCUGUCAUGGUUGACUUGUUUGGGGAAAAACUAGCAGAGAGACUUUGUCAAAAAUAUACUGGGCACUGGUAUCCAGAGAAGCCCAUGAAAGGACAAGCCUACAGGUGCAUAAGGAUUAACAGACAUGACAGGGAUGAGAGCAUCUUGGAAGCAUGUUCCCAUAGUGGCCUAAAAUAUCAUGAACUGACCCUGCCCAAGGAGAUGACCUUGUGGAUUGACCCUUAUGAAGUCUCCUGCCGGCUAAGAGAAGAGAGUAAUCCGUACACAGUGGCCAGGUUCGAUCUGAGGACUCCUCACCUUCCAGAUCCUUCUUCUAGAGUUCUCAACUCUAGUUAUGCUGAUUGCUCCACACCCACACCAGAAGAAGACAGUUCAAUAGGCAGCUCAUCACUCCCAUCAUCUCCAAGUCUUAAUGGUGAGGACAGUGACAGUGGGAUAGAUGUCAACUGUGAUAGAACUACUACCCCUCCAAUGUCAUGUAGUCCAACAGAGGAGCACAUCUGGAGGAACCCAGCAGUAAAUCAGGACUCCAUAUUCAGAAUGUCGCCUCCUCUCUGGAUUCCAGCAUGGAGUGCUCCCCAGUUCUGCCACCCAGACCCCCAGCAGUUUCACUGGUUGUAGAUACUGUGAGGAGCAGUAAACAUUGGGGAUGUAUAUGUACUGUGUAGACUAUGGGGGUGUAUAUGGUGUAUACUGUGUAGACUAUGGGGAUGUAUAUGGUGUAUACUGUGUAGACUAUGGGGGUGUAUAUGGUGUAUACUGUGUAGACUAUGGGGGUGUAUAUGGUGUAUACUGUGUAGA